CAUCAUGUCCAUGGUCUUUCGCUCCCGGCGGUCCUCCAUGAUCCUGAAGAGGGCCGAUGAUAUCUUCGUUGAUGUGGCCGGCCCCACCAAUCCGGGGAGUAACACGGGUACCCUAUCACGCUACUCCAAGGAGGAGGCUGAGUCAACUGUCGAUGAUGACGUCGAUCCUCUUGAUGAUCGCUACGGCGUUCGCGAUCUGGCGACCCUCUCUGAACUCUCCUCAGACGUCAUUGUUCAACAAUUAUAUGCCCGUUAUGGCCGUGAUCUUAUUUACACGGCUGUUGGCGACAUUCUUAUCGCUGUCAAUCCCUUUCGAGAGAUUCCCCAACUUUAUGGCGAAGAGGCAGCCAACCGCUACCUCACGACGACAGACUAUCACCCCGUACCACACAUUUACAGUGUUGCUCAGCGAGCCUACAAGCACUUGCUCACGUCGCACAAGGAUCAGUGUUGUGUCAUCUCUGGGGAAUCCGGUGCUGGCAAAACAGAAACCGCCAAGUUACUGGUCGAUCACAUGCUUGCCAUGUGCAAGGGCACCGGCAAGCUCGAACGUCAAAUUGUUGAGGUCAAUCCGUUGCUUGAAGCCUUUGGCAAUGCGCGCACUGUCAUCAACGACAACAGUUCGCGUUUUGGCAAGUUCUUGGAGAUCAAGUUCGGUUACUUUGGUGAUGUUCUUGGGGCACAUCUGGCCGAGUAUCUUUUAGAAAAGUCGCGAGUGGUGCGGCAAGCCGACGGGGAGCAAAAUUUUCACGUCUUUUACUAUCUCUUUGCCGGCAUUGACAUGGAGCAUCGCAACCGGCUUGGACUCACCAACAUGACCGACUUUCACUAUCUGCGUGGCGGCGUCAAGAAUCUCACGCGCGAUACCACCAUCGAUACCGAUGAGGGACAGAUGGCAGGCCAAUAUCGUACUCUUAUCGCCGUAAUGGAGACGGUUGGCUUCACGGCCCAGGAGAUUGAUGACCUUCACCAGGUUUUGGCCAGCAUCCUGCACCUGGGAAACAUCGAGUUUACCGAGGGGGACAGCUCCUUUGCUGAAGUGGUUCAAGAUGCCCCCAUUGAUUUGGGCAGCGUUGCCCUGGUUUAUAACAGCCAUGCUCACCCCCUGUUUGGAUGCAAUGUGGCCAAUAUGCUGGGCAUUCCUUCUGAUGCUUGCAUGGAGAUGAUGGUUUCAACCGUUACAGCCAUGCGAGGCGAGCGCCUUCGCAAAAACUUCAAUGUGGCAGAAGCUGAUGAAAAUCGCGAUGCCCUGGCAAAGGCCAUCUACGGGCGCAUGUUUUCAUGGAUUGUGCGCAAGGCCAAUACCCUUUUACGCCCUCGAGGCGCCGCCUAUGAACGUGCGGCUGAGGUGCAAAAUGGCAUCACCCAAGUUGGCAUUCUGGAUAUUUUUGGCUUUGAGAACUUUGAACACAACAGCUUCGAGCAGUUCUGUAUCAACGUUGCAAAUGAACAGUUGCAAUACUAUUUCAACCAGCACAUUUUUGCAUCUGAACAGAGUCUAUACGAGUCGGAGCGACUCAACCUGGCGAGCAUCAGCUACGAGGACAACGGCCCACUGCUGGAUAUGAUUCUAGGCCGUCCCCUGGGCUUGUUCACUCUGCUAGAUGAAGAAUGCCGCUUUCCACGCGCCUCGGCGAACACUCUGGUGAACAAGUUCAAGCAAGCACAAGAGCGAAUGCAGUGGGAACAGUUUCAGCUGGUGGAUGCCAGCACGCGUCGCCGACCCAGCGUGGUAAUGCACCGCCAAACCUCAAAGUCGACUCUUCGCGCUAAUCGAGGCGGCGGUGGUCCCUACUUCCGUAUCAAUCACUAUGCCGGCAGCGUUGUCUACGAUUCGUCAGAGUUUUUGGAAAAGAAUCGCGACAAGAUCUCGCAGCUGGUGAUUGAGCGCAUGCGUGCUUCAACGUUUCCGGUGCUGCGAUAUUUCUUUUCGGAGCGUGUUUCCAGCACCGGCUCCAUCUCUGACAUCACCGAAUCGACACGCGGACGUGCCACCACUUAUGGCCGUGACCCCAGCAAGAUGUCCGUCUCAGCUCAUUUCAAGGGCUCGCUCGAUGACUUGAUGGUUAAGAUGCUGCGUGCCACGCCGCACUUCAUUCGAUGCAUCAAGCCCAACGAUGAAAAGCGACCCCGUCGCUUUGAAUCGACUCGCGUGGCUCAACAGCUCAAAUACACGGGCGUCCUUGAGACGACUCGCAUCCGACGAGACGGCUAUGCUCUUCGCCUGGAAAUUCCCGAAUUUUUGCAAAAGUUUCAGACGCUUGGACUGCAUGGCGAUGAACUUCACGCUGAUUGGGAGCAAGUCGAGGAUUUGCAGGAAAUGCGUCGUGCUGUGAAGAAGAUCAUGUCCAUGUGUGGCCUGCGGGGCGCUCAAACGGGCAUCACGCGCGUCUUUCUCAAGUACUACCAUGAUGAGAAGCUGACGAGACUCCUUGAGUUGCAGAAUCGGCAUGCCACCUGCAUCAACGCCCACGUUCGCGGCUUUUUAGCAAAAAUCAAGUUGGCCAAGCUGCGUCGUCAAGAGGCGGAACGCCAGGAGCAAUUGCGUCGGGAACGGGAGGCAGCGGAGGCUGCACGGCAUGAGGCCGAAGAACAGGCCAAGCUGGCGCUCAAGAUGGAACGCGAGGCUACGCUAAGGCGUCAAAAGCAGCAGGCGGCAGCCGAUGAAGCUCGGCAACGUGCUGAAGAAGCGGCCAAACGUGCCGCGCAACUCGAGGCCGAGCAAGAGCGUGAGCGUCAGGAGGCCGAGGCUCGAGCAAGCGCUGAAGCAGCACAGCGCGAGGCUGAAUUGCGUGCAGUUCAGGCACGUGCUGCGGCCUCGGCGGAUGCACAACGAGAGAGUGAAAAGCUAGCCAAACGGGAGCGCUUGCGCCAACAAUACCUCGAUGCCAUGCGAACUGGAAACAAAGAUACCAUCUCGCGCGUGGGUACCUUGGGUGGAACGGUGGGCCCAAAGGUGUUGGAGCUCUUGGAACAUGCCGAGGAGUAUGCGCAGGAAAAGGACUACGAGAACGCGUUUGAUGCAAUUUUCGAUGAUGAGGAUAUUGAUGUGGAAGAACGUGAGGCUUUGCGACAGGCGCAGCAGAUGCGCAAGCAAGAGGAGGCUGCGCGCAAGCGACAGCUCAAGGCUGAAUACGAGCUCAGGCGCGUCAAAGAGGAGGAGGAACAAAUGCGCGAAUUGCAACGCAUCCAGGAGGCCGAAGCUGAGCGAGCUCGGCGCGAGGCUGAAGCAGUUGCCGCAGAGGCCGAGUCUGCAAAGUCACGAAUGGCACAGCUUACUUUCAAUUUUGCUUGGGAUGAUGCCCCGGCUCCUCCGCCAACGUCAGCCCCAGCCCCGGUUCCUGACCCUGUCCCUCCUGCACAGAGCGCCUCUGUGUCAUCACCACCACCACCUCUUUCUCCCAAACCACAGCGUGGCAGUCCGGCCCCACCACCCGUCUCGCCCAAGCCAUCACCACUCGCAGAGCGAAGAUAUACAACAUCUGCUGCACCGCAGGUGGCACCCAAGCCAGUCAACCGGCCUCCACCGGUUGUGGAAAAGCCACGAUCGGCAACCGUGUCCGCGACUUCCGACGCCGCGACCACUGCCCAAGAGCCACGGCGGCGCAAGCUCGUUCGCGGUGGCAACAAGAAGGAGGCGGCGGUCUUACCUGAGUAUCAGGACGCCAUCGAUGCUUUGAGCGAUCUCGAUACCUUUCUCGAUCCCCAGACACGUACUCUGCGCAUCAAGCGUCGCGGGCCCUCAUCAAGCGACACUGACGGACCCGAUUUGGCGGCUCUAGUACUUCCGCCAGCUGGACCUCCACCGACAAAGCCUCCUCCAUCAGGACCUCCGCCGACGGCACCCCCACCAACGGGACCUCCUCCUACGGGGCCCCCGCCUGUCAGUGCCAAACCCAGUGCGCCGGGGGAACCACGGCGUCGCCAGCUGGUGCGUGGCGGCAACAAAAAGGAAACUCCGGUUUUACCCGAGUAUGAAGCAGCCCUUUCCUCCUUGGACGCACUGGAAAGCCAUUUGAACCAGUUUGGGCAGAGCAUUCGCAUCAAAGCCACCCCGGCGCCAAGUGAAGUUGUUCAUGCAGGCACGCCAACGGACCCACCACCACCCGCGCCGCGAAGUCGGGCCACCACUGAACCUGCCACUAGCAUGGCGAGUAGCGGGGAUUCAAGCACAGGCGAACCGCGCCGGCGCAAGCUUGUUCGUGGUGGGAACAAGAAAGAGACACCCGUGCUGCCAGAGUACCUCGAGGCCAUGUCCUCGUUGGAUGCAUUGGAACAGCACCUAUCAGAUCAUGGGCAAAGCAUUCGCAUCAAAGCACCCAGUCAAGCCGUUCGCGCUGCAGGGCCUAGCACCGCUGCAUUGGCGUCGGAGACAUCAGACACGCUUGUUGCCGAGCCUACUCGGGGCCCGCCACCUCCUCCGCCACCGCGUCAACGGGCCACCACAGAGCCGGCUUCGGCGGGCGAGCCACGGCGGCGCAAGCUGGUGCGCGGCGGCAACAAGAAAGAGACGCCAGUCUUGCCCGAGUUCAGUGAGGCUAUGAGUGCGCUAUCAGCUUUAGACGAUGUUUUGGACUCGCAAUCUGCUCGUGAGCAAGCACUUGAUCGCAUGGCCGCCAACAUCACGGAAGCUGAGGUUGUGCAACGUCGCGAAAGUCAUCGCGCGAGUCGGCGCGGCAGCGAGCAACACGUCGACCCUACUGCGCCCAACCAAAGCCUGCGCGACCUGGAAGCCACUUUACGGCAACAGGCCCCGCGCCUUGAUGUGAGCCAGGCAUCAACCACAGCUGACAACCGCAUGUCCCACCGCACUGAAUAUUCCUACUUAUCGACGUCACAUACCUCGCGGACGUUGUCUCCCGAGGACUCUGGUUCAGGCGUUUUGGAUGCGAGUCUUGAGCCAUCCUCACCGGAUGCGAGUUUGGCGGACUCUACUCGAGCGCAGGACCUUGCACCACCCCCCAUGUUGGGCCGACACAUGCGACGAGACAGCUCGGCCUUGGCGUUACCCGCAGACUUUGGCGCCAAUUUAACAGAGACGCAGCGCAUUGCCAUCUUCAACUUGGUUCGUGCCGGCGAAAUGACUGUCUCGGAAGCCCUUGAGCAUGCUGCCGAGCAGCAGCAGCGGAAAAACUGCAGCAUCCAAUGAGUGCUCUCCGUUUCCCGUUUUCUUUUCUGUUUUUCUUUUUGACACCCCAUUGACUCGGCUUUCUUAAAAAAAGCUCUAGAAGAGGUUUGCAUUGAGAGGGUCAUUUUUGGCUUGCGCGCCACGUCGUUUGGCCGCUCGCUACCGCGAACUGCCUUCCCUUGCUGACAUUUAAUCGACAUAACAAGGCACC